CUGUCCUCGACAUUCUUGCGACCAACUCUCCAGUGCGGAUUGCGGCUUGCUACCAGUACCUGUUCGUGCCAUCGUCUGGGCCGAAGGUUUCCGAAGUCAGGCUGCAGAGACUGCUCUGAAAGAUGGCUGUGCUGUCGUUCUCGCCUGCGCAGUUCGUUGCUGCUAUUCCACCUGCAACUCGCAUUUAUACUGUCGCAACCGUUGCGUUGUCUCUGGUUUACUACAUUCUAUCAUGGAAAGGCGGUGAAGAAUUUUCUGCGCCAUAUCUUGUAUUGGUCCCAGGGUCAAGUCUAUUUUAUCCGUGGACCUUCCUCACUUCUGCUCUCGUGGAAACAACCAUCAUCGAGCUUUUGUUCACUCUCUUGGUGAUUCCUGCAUCUCUGAGAUACUUGGAACGAUUAUGGGGUGCCGUGGAGUUGCUCAAGUUCAUCGCCGUCACCAUAACGGCUUCAAAUAUCAUAGCGUUUGGAUUGAACUGGAUAGAGUACAUUGCCCUGAGAAACCCAGUCUUCCUCUACGGGCAGCAGUAUCACGGACAAAUGGCACUACAGAUUGGGGUGCUCGUCGCUUUCAGGCAAAUCAUCCCCGAACAUCAGGUGCAGUUGUUCGGCAUCAUCAAAGCCAGGGUUAAGACACUCCCGAUGGCCUAUGUCACAUUUUCAACUGUCAUGUGUAUCCUUGGAUUCCAAUGCCCGUUCAUCGUGAUUCAAUUCGGCUGGCUAGUUUCCUAUGUAUGGCUGCGCUUCUACAAGAAGAACGCAGUGGACUUGAAUGGAGGGCCGCUGUAUGGCGAUCGUAGCGAGACCUUCGCAUUCGUCACCUGGUUCCCUCCGUUGAUCCACGUCCCGAUUACUUGGCUCGGCAACACCGUGCAUAAAUAUGCAUCGAAGCUCCAUCUCAUCCCAUCAUCUGGAAACGACGUAGAGUCUGGAGGAUAUGCGCCGCUGCCCGGCGGCGCUCGUGCUGAGGCUGAGAGAAGGAGAGCAAUGGCUUUGAAGGCACUAGACCAACGACUAGCUGGUGGUACUUCAUCUUCAUCUCCCCCGCAACGAACUGCCACUGGAUCGCCGGGUCCGUCACGGCCGGCAGCAAAUGGCGUUAGUAAUUCCGAGCCGUCAGCGUCCAGGAAAGCUGGUGCAGAAAGUGAGGAUCCGCAGGCGGGCGAAUCAUCAGAGAAUGCAGAUGGCGAAGAAAAGUAAUGUUUCCAGAGCCUCUCGGCUCGUGGUUUAUUUCAGCAAGAGUACGAUAACCUAUGGCGUAGGCGUAUCUGGGAACGAGGUUGCUCACGAAGUACUGUAGUUCACGUCAUUUCUAGUCAACCAUAUUUGUGGACACCAUGCAUUGCCUUGUACAUUAGGGAACUCUGCGAUUGAUAGAUGAUAGGUUAUGAGUAGGCUCGU